AUGUCCUGGAAAAAACGGAGGGUGGCCGGGUGGGAAUCGGGUGAUGAGUACAGCACGACGACGAGCUUGGGUCGCCGUAAGGGGCCGGCAUUGACGGUUCAUGAGAGAUUGGCUCAGCGAUAUGGAGUUUGGAAGGAGUUGUAUCGACUACAACUGGAGCAGCCCGAUGAAGGCGAACGUCUAUAUCGAGCUUGCGUUCAGGACCUUGAACACAGACGUGCGAAAGAGACGGAUUUUGAAAGAAUCCAGACAAUCAUUCGAGAUCAAUUCGGAGACCCGCAAAACACAUACGGCAAUGUGCACGUUACCGGAACAAACGGCAAAGGAACUGUCUGUUACAAAACGGCCGAUUUGCUGGCAGCGAACGGGCUCUCACCGGUCGGGCUAUUUACAAGUCCUCAUAUAUUCAGCAUUAGAGAGCGCUUUCGUGUGGAUGGGGAGAAGAUCUCCCGGCUCGAGUUGCUGGCGGUGGUGCGGGUGAUUGAUGAAGUUAUGGCGGAAGGGAGUGAGCGUCUUCGUUUCUUUCAGACCUGUACUUUGAUUGCGUUUCUAUGGUUUCUGUUUAAGGGAGUUCGGGUGGCGGUGAUCGAGGUGGGAAUAGGCGGCCGGUUAGAUGCAACCAACGUGAUAGAGAGGCCUUUAUGUACAGUAAUAACAAGUGUGGAUCUAGACCACGUGGAGUACCUGGGCCCCACGCUUUCCCACAUUGCCAGAGAGAAGGCGGGUAUCUUCAAGCCAAACUGUCUCGCUGUGGUCGGUCCAGGGAUAAAACCAGAAGCCCUAGAAGCCAUUCAGAACACAGCCCUCUCGGUAGGAGCUUCCCUGCAUUGCGUGCGGCGAGAAAUUCUAGAUGACAUCGGCUACCUGGACGCUAAUUAUCCGGAACCCGCAGAAUGGAGCCAUGACUACGAAAAAUCUGGACCUCCAAGAGUCCCACCGGCCUCUGGAACGACCGGACCGAGACCUCUGGGGGCUAGUCAGACAUCUCCCGGGUCCGGCACCGGAGGGCCGACACCUAGAUCGCUCGGUCUUGGGCCACUAGGGAGUGGCGCAAUUGUGAAGGUGAAUGGCCUCAUUGCCGCCACCGUCGCCAAACACGUCUGCGAAAAAUUAGGACGCGACAUCUUGAGCCUGCCUUUGAGCCCGGUGAUGCCUCCAGGCCGCGCGGAGGAGGCACUGCCCGGUGUCUACGUCGACGGCGGCCACAACUCAGCGGCCAUGCGGAAUCUCGCCUGGCGACUUAGGCACACUGGAAAGCCGGUGUUUCUGGGGCUGGCUUUGUCGCAGCGGCGGACGUUGGAAGUUUUCAACCCGCUCGUAGAGAUCCUGGGAACGAGGAUCAGAGAAGUGCGCUACCUCAACUACAAACAUGAGCUGCAACGGAGCGAUGGGGCAAUCGAAAAGGAUCUGACAAUGACAAAUGUCAAGUAA